AAGACAGCAGAGGUUAGUAGACUGGCCCAACUGUAAAAGAUGCAGACUGUGUGUGUUGCAGUGGUAGUCGUGGCCGUCCUUGCCGUCGUCUCUGGGACAACAAUCCAGCCUGAGCAAAACUUCGUGUGGGGCAAAUGGUCCUCGUGGAGCGAGAGUGUGGGGGAGUGCAGCGCUAGCUGUGGGGGAGGCUCGCAGACUGUGGUGAGAACCAGGAAGUGCCAGGGCGGUCUGUUCUGUAAGCCAAUCAACGGGGGCAAGGAGACGUACACCCAGGCCUGUAACACCGACAGCUGUCAUAUACCGGUGAAUGGAGGAUGGGGUGAAUGGGGUGAAUGGACCGCAAGUGACGGCGGGGAGUGCUCAGCGUUUUGUGGAGGGGGCAAGGUCAAGCAGUCACGUGUAAGAUCCUGUGACAACCCAGAACCUGAGAACGGCGGCGCUGACUGUGAAGGCGAGAGUGUGGAGCAAGCAGUAGCGGAGUGCAACACACAAGGAUGUAGAGGUUACUGCCCGGACAGACGUGUGAAGUUCUUUCCCCAUCCUACCAACAGAGGUCGCUACUACCAGUGUGGGAACUACAUUGCGUACCUCAUGAAGUGUCCUAAGGGUCUUGUCUGGGACGACAGCAUCUGGACAUGCAACUUCGACAACUGAGACGUCACAUUACACGUCCCGCUAACAUCAUGUCACAUGCGCAUGUACAUUCCGUAAUAAAAUAAACAUUCCUGUCAAAA